AUGACAGACUAAUAUAUUAUGGAUUCAGAAAUUAUUGAAGAUGAAGUUGAUCGUCCAGUAUCAUUCUACAAUUUAAAUGUUUGUUUAAAAGAAGACAUUGAUUUUAGACUGUAAGAUUGUUAAUUAAAUGAACCUGAUAUUUAAGAUUUAGAGUAAAAAAUGAAUAAACUAAUUUAUAAUUCUUGUGGUUUUAAAAAAGGAUUGGUCAAACAGAAGAUAUAACCCCAAUAAGAAUUAAAAACAGACUCAAUAUAGAAUCGAACUAAGAAUGAAUAGUUAUAGUUUAAAAAGCCUAUAUAGCCUAUCUAAUAAUUAUCUAUAAUUUCUAAUGGAGAUUAAUCAUCAAUGAUUUCAAGAAAGGAAACAGUUCCUAAAAUUAAUUUUGUAGGAGAAAUGAAAGAAAGUUAAAACUAAAAUACAACAAUUGACUUAAGAAAAAAUCUAAAAUUGCAUACUCACGGUCCAUUUGAUAUUACUAAAUUAAAAGAUGGUUUAUCGCCAGCAGUAAAUAAUCAGUUUUCUUCCAAAAAGAAAUCAUAGUUUUCAUAAAGAUCACAUGAGACAUACAAUUCAUUUUUAGAGUUAUCUUACAAUAAUACUUAACAAAUUCCAUCAUAAAAUUCAAUCCAUUAUAAAGAUACAAGAAAAGAGAGAUCUAAAAUUGCAAAAACAACUAUUAAAUUCAAUCAUAAUUAACAAAAUUAGAAACUUAGAAUUUCAUAAUAAGCAAAUUCUUAAAGAACAUCUUAAUUAUCUUUAUUAUAAUUAGAAUAAGAUGGAAUAAGAGGGAGAUCAUAAAGUUCAGUUUCUACCCCAAAAAGUAUUUUGAAAAAUCCAUCACUUUAAAACUCUUAGUUGGAAAUAGUAAGCAGAUUAAGUUUCUAAAGUAGGCUCAGUUUUUCAAGUCUAAACAUUACAAAUUAAUCUCCUACAAAAUUACAAUAAAACUCUUAUUCUCCUGCAAAAAAAGUUAAAUUUUGUUUAACCAAAAAAUAAGCAAGAAGAGAAAACAUUCCAUGUUGA